CAAUGGAAACGUUUGACAGUUGCUUUUCACCAGGAACGGUAUUUUUCUAAAGCGACUGUACAUAGCAGCCAUUUCUGUCCUCGGUCCUGCUGUUAAUUCUACGUUUGUUGUUGGGGGGGUCUCUCCACUUCUCGGAGUGACAACAACUCAUAGGUUUCCCUCUGGCUUUUUUGCCAGCUGAAUCUGGUCAGGAUGGAUCCAGCGAGCCGAUACCAAGUGCUGCACAAUGAGGAUGACUCUUCGGAGGCCUCUACCAGCGAGCCGCAGCCGUGCACUUCUGCCUCCGCCCAGGCUGCCACGUCCAGCCAGGACCAGAGCCAGGCCGGCCCAUCUUCAGGGGAGGCAUCGGGAUCCAGGACUCAGGGGGAGGCCGAUGCUGAGGCACCGCCACCCCCUUACGCCUCAAUCGACCUGGGAGCCACCGCUUCAGCUGCUGAGACCAGUUACCGGGCUGACUUCCCUGUGCCUCCGCCCUACAGCGUGGCCACUUCACUGCCCACAUAUGACGAAGCGGAGAAGGCCAAAGCGGCCGCGCUGGCUACCUCUGCUGUGGAGGUGAUGCCACGGGAUGAUGAAUUCCCUCCCAGAGACGACUUCAGUGAUGCCGAUCAGCUUCGAGUUGGGAACGAUGGAAUUUUUAUGUUGGCCUUUUUCAUGGCCUUCCUGUUCAACUGGAUCGGGUUCUGCUUGUCCUUCUGUCUGACCAACACCAUCGCCGGACGCUACGGAGCCAUCUGCGGCUUCGGGCUCUCCCUCAUCAAGUGGAUUCUUAUUGUCAGGUUCUCGGACUACUUCACCGGCUACUUUAACGGGCAAUACUGGCUCUGGUGGAUCUUCCUGCUGCUCGGCCUCCUGCUGUUCUUCAGGGGUUUCAUUAACUAUCUCAAAGUCCGCAACAUGUCAGAGAAUAUGGCCACCUCUCACAGAACACGCCUCUUCUUCCUCUACUAAAAAGGUUUCCACACUAUAACCAUUCCUUUAUGAUGUAACCCCCACCCCCACCCCUCGAAUGACCUAAGCGAGAAGCCUUGCAGUGAAGAGAGGAGACGGGGAAGGAGAGAAGGAAAGACGUAGGGAGAAAGUGCUACCAGUCUCAUAAAAAACGCCUGAACUUCGUGGUAAAAUAAGUCUUUGAUGAUCAGAUCUCCUCCCUGGCUCUGUUUUUCAUUUGCCUUUGAUUCAAAGCUCAGAAAAUCGCCCAAAAUGACAUUCAGUAGAUUCAAAGUUGCAGAAACAUCAAAUGAAAGCACAAUGAAACAACGCAAUAACGUUCCCUCUGUAAACAAACGAGACACCCGUGUUAUCAGCUUGUGUCUAAAGUCUUAAAAUAGACACAGGACGUAGAAACCUACUCUGAGCAUUUGAUAUUCAAAUCUCCCCGUCAGCUUGACAUCAUCAAUGAGACAAAGAUGGAGGUUCAAUGACACAACUUCAGACGCGCCUGAGCAGACAGAAUAUGACAGAAGACUGAAUACUGAAUUAAUUCAAAACUAAUCAGGUGAAUUAAGGUAUUUUUAACUAACUGGAAAAGGAAAUAAGACAUGUUUUAUACUCUCGCUUUGAGCCACUAGCAGUCAAUUGUGCUUUACAAGAACUACUGGAUACAUGCACAGACAGAUUCAUAAAGACUUGCUGACCUGUCCUAUGCAGUGAAGCUGUGACAUACUUACAGGAGGAGGUUCUUCACUUGAAUCAAAGAAAAAUGGAAAUCAUCUGCCUCACUACCUUUCUGGGGUCAGUUUAUCCCAACAGAUCUGCCUUUACUCCUUAUGUAGCCCCCCACUGAUUGCCAAAAAACAGCUACUGAGAGAGCAGGACAUCAGAGGAGGCUCUUUGGAUAAAUCAGUGUUUCCAGAUCGAAGGAAAGUAGCUGAAAGGCAGCUUCAUAAUAAUAAUAAUUGACAUUUUAAAUAUGGUUUGAGUAAAACUCUUUGGAAUAAAAAGCUGUAUGCAAUUUAGUUAUUUGUUAUGACCUGAAAUAGUCGUGUGAUCGUGAAAUAGGUGUAGUUUAGACGGACUCCAGAGUGUGGGAACUGAGCACACUUGCCAAUAAAUGAUUUAAAUUAAACUAUUAAAAGGUGACUGGUUCUCCAGCAGAGAAACUAGGAUUUUAGCUUUUAUGAUCAGAAGAUCAAAUGUAUUUUCAUAGAGCGAGAAGCGAGUUAAGGCGUAUUCCUGUUAGCAUGUUGCUUCUGGGCAGAGAAAUCAUUCAGAGAGGGCAACAGCGAUGAAGCCUGGGGCUACGACAGGAAAUGGAUCCUGACUGGACGAAGAAAAACAGGCUUUUUUUUAUUCUUUUUGUCAUCCAGAAAAAUGAAAUGUAUAUACCAGCUUAUGCCAAUUCUUAAUAUUUGCACUUUGAAGAACGUUCUGUACAGUAUGAUUUGUGGAUCUGCUUAACUUGAUGUGGUGGAUUUAGAGAGAAAAACUCAAACAAAAAAAAGAGAAGUAGCCAUCCAAGUUCUACAACUGGAAAUCUUAAUCAUCCCAAAUGGAUAAUUUGCCUUUUGCACUUUUUACUUUUCAAUAAUGUUGUCAUUGUGUGUCUUGUUUCGUUGCGUCUAAACUGUGACAGCUUAAGUAUUGGCCAACUUUUAAAAUGCUUUUCUUUCCUCUCUCUUUUGAACUCUAAAGCCUCUUUCAGCGAUAUCAAGGACUCAAAGCUCUGCUGCAUGAUUCAUCCACCUGAAUGAGUGGGAUUAAUAUUAGAAUUAACCCUGACUACAUUUCUUUGUUUGUAAAUAAAUGAAGAGAAAAGGAGUCGGCAGCAAAACUAUUUUUUGUCCAAGAUAAUCCUUGUAACGUCUUCUGAAACAGGUGUUAUGCAUUUAUUGUAACUGGAAUUGGAUGACAAAUGAUUUCUUGCAAAAAUGCCAAUAAAGUUCAAAUGCCUGCCGGUUAAA